CAUUGCAGUCGAGCUUUACUUUUUUUGAAAACUCCAAGACCACCAUUUUUAUUCCCAUUCUUUUCUUCCCUUAGAACUGUUUUUAAAAAAAAAAAAAAUUUUAUGAUGACUGUCUAAAUGUAAAAAAUGUGUUUUUUUUCCCUCAAACUCUGGCUGAAUGAGCAGCGACAUGGCAGUAUUCCCGGUGACUCCCAAAAUCCUAUGCUAUUCUCCGAUAACUUGACGGGGACCAGGCGUAGCAGCACCUCAUUUCUCGACACAUUACGGAGGAGGACUAACCUUCAAAAUUUGUUAGAACAGCAAGCAAGCUCUAAGGAUGAAAUGGAUCAGUUGUUGUUGUCAACAAGUGCCUUCAUAGGUUCUUCAUCAUUCACAAAUGAUGAUCAGGCACCAAAUAAUGUUUCUGAAGACACCGGAGCUGAAUAUAGUUCAGAGCAAGUGAAAAUGAAUUCUCAGGCCCAGUCAAUGUCAUUCAGUAGGAGGAACUCCGAUGUCCACCCGCAUUACUGCCAGGCUUGUAUGGCAAUGUUACUGGCUGUAAGGUCAGGGGGUCGAGGGUCUCUCGGUCAUGCUUCUUCACCCUCUUCCUCCCCCAUCCACCAAAACAUACCACCACUUUCCUUAUUAAAACCAUCAUUCCCACCUGAUCUAGCUCAUCCAGACUCCAGUUCACCAAUUUAUAUGACCCCACAGUCUCCAUAUAUAUCUACGCUGCCUCCAAAGCAAGUUUCUGUUACUAAGAACAUACAUAUAAGUUCAAUACCAGUUCAAGUCACCCCACCUUCUCCAGUCCAUAAAAGCCAUUCUCCUUCACAGAUUCCUGUGACAGAUCUACCUAAGAACAUGUCAUCACUAAGCCAUACCACUGCGUUUACCCCUGUCUAUGUAUCUAUACCUUCACCGGUUCACACAUCUUCCAGGCACAUGUCCAUAUCUUCACCAGUCGAUCCACCAUCCCCACUCAGGUCGUCCUCUCCAGUGUCCCCUAUCACUGGACCACAUUCUCCUAGUUUGAGAGACAGCUCAGAUUUGUCUCACCUCCAUCGCUGUCUACAUCAUAUCAUCAAUCGGCGAACCAGUUCCCCAGUGCUGAUGGACAGGGUACAAGCUGGAGAUCGCUACAGUGAUGCUAGUGUUAGGUUCCUUGUACCUCAGGUCCAAAGCGUAGGUUCUUUGUACGUACCCCUAUCACAUCAGGAAACUGGGUCUUUUUCUGUGCAGGACAGUGAAGUUGGAUCAGGUCUUGUGGUAGGUGAAAAAUAAAACGUAGUAGCUAUGAUCCCAGCAAGGAAGUCUAGAGCAAACAUUCACUUGCGGCUCACCGUUACUUUCCAAGCUUCUUCUUUACCUUCCUCCAUAUGUAUUUAGGUAUUGCAUCCAAAUUCCAAUCCCUUCUAGUUGUAUUCCUAUAUAGCAUUUAAGAGGAAAAUUGUACUUUGUAUUUGGAACUAAACUGAAUGUAUUUCCUCUAAUCACUGCUAUUUCUAAAAAAAGAAAAAAGAAAAAAAAGAAACGGGACUGUCUUCAGGGGACUAUUAUGUCCUUUUGAAGGACACAGUCUCUUAGCAGACUGCUAGAAGAUGGCAUAGCAAGCUGACUGAACAAUAAAUGACUGCUGCUGGAACACUGCAAAUUAUCGCUGUCACCCUGUAUGUAGUCCCUUUAGAGCAACAUCCCCAUGUGUGUAGAGCAAAUCACUGCUCUGAUGUUUGAUAUCUCGCAUUUUCUUCUUUUGUUCCCUGUCAGUAGCCGAUAAUUUACCUGUCACAUCAAACCACGUGCUGCUAGACUUGCUUUUCUACUAAUAUCUUGGAGAACUGCUUGGAGUACUUUUUUUUGGCUGUGAAAUGCUUAAUUGCAAAUGUGCCUGUAUUAAGAUUUGUGUUUGCGCAUG